AAACCGGUCGUCGUGGCGAUCAUGAGCGGACGCCCGCUGACCCUGUCGUGGGAGAACGACCGGUUCGACGCGAUUCUCGAAGCCUGGCACGGCGGAACGAUGGCCGGCUACGCGCUGGCCGACGUACUGUUCGGCGACCGCGUACCGUCGGGCAAACUGACCGCGACCUUCCCGCAGAGCGUAGGCCAACUCCCGCUGUACUACAACUCGCUGAAUACCGGACGGCCGUACCGCGCCGACUUCUGGGCGACGACCAAAUACCUCGACAUUACGAACGAUCCGGUCUAUCCGUUCGGAUACGGGCUGAGCUACACGACGUUCGAUUACAGCGACAUCCAGCUAGACCGGGCGCAUCUCGCGACCGGUCAGGGAACUGAAAAACUUCGCCGGAUCACGCUGAAACCCGGCGAAACGCAGGGCGUAACGUUCCGCAUCACAACUGCCGACUUGAAAUUCUACAACAGCGAACUGGAGCACGUCUGGGAACCCGGAGAGUUCAACGUCUGCAUCGGUCCGAACUCCCGCGACGUCAAGACGGCCAAAAUAAACUGGACAAAAUAA